AUGGACGCCAGUGAGCUGAAGCGUGUUUUUCAAAUGUUCGAUAGAAAUGGGGAUGGCAGGAUCACGAAAAAGGAAAUGAACGAUUCCUUAGAGAACAUGGGAAUCUUUAUCCCGGACCCUGAGCUGACUCUGAUGAUACAAAAAAUCGAUGUAAAUGGAGAUGGAUGCGUCGACAUUGAUGAAUUUGGUGGACUGUACCAAACCAUCAUGGAAGAGCGCGAUGAGGACGAGGACAUGAGAGAGGCGUUCAAUGUUUUUGAUCAAAACGGUGAUGGGUUUAUCACCGUUGAUGAGCUGAAAUCGGUAUUGGCAUCAAUGGGGCUCAACCAAGGGAGAACCGCAGAGGAUUGCAAGAAGAUGAUAAUGAAGGUGGAUGUGGAUGGUGAUGGCAUGGUGAAUUUUCACGAGUUUAAGCAGAUGAUGAGAGGGGGUGGAUUCGCUGCAUUAACUUGA